AUGUCAAAUAAUCAAUAUGAAUUAGUUCAACAUUGUAUUGAUACUGAAGAAUUUAUAACAAUAAAACUUUAUAAUCAUUAUUUAUUAUUUCAUCAAAAUAUUAUUAAACAUUCAGAUAAUCAUCAAUUAGAUUCAGAAUUAUCAUCAACUAUUAUUCGAAAAAUUUUUGGUUUAAAUUCAUUAUCAAUUAAAGAUGCACAAAUAACAACACAUGUUGAUUCAUCAUUUUAUGAUAUAAUUAUAUUUCCUGAUUCAUCAAUUGUUUAUACACAUAAACGAAUAUUAUCAUAUGAUAAUAAUCAAGAUAAAAAUAUAAAAAAAUUUAAAAUACUUCCAUAUUAUGUAGAUGAAGAUUUAGAAUUACUUAAAAAUAUUGGAAUGUCAAAAGAAGAUAUUGAUUUAUUUGUUAAAAAACUUAAUGAUAAUGAUAAUAUUAAUUUAUUUAAUUCAAAUAAAUAUAAUCAAAUUAUUCAACGAAUUAUUAAAUAUACUGAUAUACCAACAAGAUUAAAAUGUCGACAAGUUUCACAUAAAUGGAAAAAUUUUGUUGAUAAUUCAAUUGCAUGGAAUCAUGUAAAAUUAUCAAAACUUUGUCGACAUGUUGAUCGAGCAUUGAAUUAUUUUCAAAAUAUUGAUAUACGAGAAUUGGAUCUUUCUGAAUCAACAUUUGAAUCAACAACAUUUGAAUUACAUAAUGAAUUUUAUUUAUAUUCAUUACGAUCACUUUGUAUAUCAACUGAUCAUCCAUUAGAAUUAUUUACAUUAUUAUUUAAAAUAGCUCCAUUUUUACAACAUAUUAAAUUAAUUCAAACUUAUAAUACAUCAUUAAAAUUUAAAAAUAAUAAUCAUUUGUAUGAUUGUAUUAAUUUUGUUAUAUGUCAAUGUCAACAACGAUUAAAAUGUUUACGUCGUUUACAUAUUCAAUUACGAUCAGUAUCCGAUCAGAUAUUUCUUGAAUCGUCUUCCAUUACAUCCAUUCCUAUUUCUUAUGAAGUCAUUACUUGUUAG